GGAAACUGUUUUUGCAGAGUGGCCGCUAACUUGUAUCCUUCCGAAGCACCUACGAUAAGAUACUACUCGUCGCUGCGGCGCCCCACCACCUUUUUGAUAACGCAACGAAGAAUCAUCCAAUUCCACCCAUUUUUCCACCGAAACGAUGGCCGAUGAUUAUAAAUUGAAGAGGCAAGUUAUAUGGCCGUUGCCCUAUCAGUCCAUCAUAUAAUUGAAGCCGGAGAAAGGGUCAAAAUCGCCGAAAUCGCAAGGAACCAGGAGUUGAACUACCAACGCCUCCGAAACCGUGUCAUGGGAAAAGCCUCACGUUCAACCCGAAAACGCGUCGGUUUACGUCUCAAUGACGCGCGGUAUGAGGUCCUUUUUGAGUAUAUCGACUUCAUUGACGACUGCGGGCCGCCGCCGGAGCAUCUGUACAAAAAGGAGAGGUUUGAGCGGUGGUUUGUGGGGUACCAGAAGGAGUGUUUGGGCUACGGGCGCGAGUCGUGGCGGGAUGUGCCGCCUUUGUAUUAGACGUUGGCAUUUAUCAAGAUGGAAAACAAAAAAGGAACAAACAGUACAAAAUAGAAGCACCGAGAAUGAGAGGCUU